AUGCAGCGGGAGAUGCGCCAGAAGAGGAUGCAUUGGCAGCGCUUGCGAAGGGGCUUGGGGUCAGUCGAUGAAGUCAAGACAAAGAAGAAGGGCCGGCCACGAAAAGCACCAUGCGGCCCCGACGCAAUCGAGACGAAGGAAAACCAGGAACCGCAGGACGACCGUUCAGAGGAGGCAAUAAAAGCUUCGGCAGAGGAAGAUCACAUCAAGGUACUGCAGCCAAAGGAGGCACCGCGCACGCAAAAACCCAAACGGCGCAUAGCUCUCGAAAGCUGCACGACGAACAUCCAGCCGACCAAAGACGUGCACAUGUUAGAACCCCGUAGUAACAAAAAGAAGACACCUAGGACUGCGGUCACUCCCGAUUCGUCGCCUACGAGGAGACGGGAGCCCAGAUCGCGAACGAAACCCAAGACUUCUUCGCCGCGCCGAAAACAACUUGCCACGCCUGAGCCAACACCAGAACCAGAUGAUGUCUACACUGCAUACGUCUCUCCGCUUCUAUCACUCAGCUUCGGAAAGAAAGCAGUCCCUUUCGAAGACUGGUCGUCCGAGCUUGAACCACACUUUGAGAUCACCAAAAUUGCGGAAGCCUCGUUUUCGGAAGUUUAUCGACUCUCUGCGCGCAGCUCAACAAAUGCGACAGGCCAGGAGUCAGUCCUCAAAGUUGUCGCGCUGAAGACUCCACCAGAUGCGCCACUCCCUUGUCAACUCCAGACGCGAGCGAUUAGAGAUCGUGAAGGUCAGGUGGAGAAAGAGAUGGCUGAGCGCGAAGAGAAUGACCAGUGGAAGUCUGAGGUUGGCGACGUACUUUCGGAGGUUAAGCUUCUCCAGAACUUGAACCAGAUUCCAGGCUUUACCAACUUCCGCGAUCUUACAAUUCUGCAAGGACGACCAUCGACAGCAUUUUCCGAUGCGUGGAAAGCAUGGAACAAGUCAAGACCACGCGGCAAGAAGAGCGAGUUCCCUGAUCCUAGUAAGAAGGCCAGCUAUGACGACACUCAGCUUUGGGCGAUAGUAGAGAUGCAAGACGCUGGAACCGAUUGUGAGAAAAUUAUGGAACAUGGUGGGCUGGGAUCAGUGUGGGAAGUUUGGGAUGUUUUCUGGGGGGUUUGCCUGAGUGUGGCAAAGGCAGAAGAGACAUGCAACUUCGAGCACCGCGAUCUACACAUGGGGAACAUCUGUGUACGUUCAUCAAGAGCUGGAGGCGAUGUCACCAACGCCACUGUGAAGGACCCGAUACGACGUAAGUUUAGGUUUUCUGGCCUUGAGACAACCGUCAUCGACUAUACUCUAUCUCGCGCGGACAUUCUGCCAUCUUCAGAUCGCCGGUCGUCCUCAUUAUCCCUCGGUACUCCAACCUCCCCGUCGUCGAAUCACAGUGUCGAUGACCCAGACGUCGCAUGGCUUGAUCUUGACAAAGACCCCGCAAUCUUCGAAGGCGAUGCAUCCGAGGAGUAUCAGUACGAGAUAUACCGAUAUAUGCGCGGUGUCGCACUCUACAACAACCCCCUGCAAAACGAACCUGCGCCUGCUGAGAAUAUAUUCGCACCCCGACGCUCGCCACGCAAGAACACGCACAUUCGUUUCGACGAGUCUGAGUCACCGCGCCGAUCGCCGCGCAAGACAACCGUCCCUGAACCUGUACUCCAGCCCGUCUGGAAACGCUUCCACCCCAAGACGAACCUUGUCUGGACGCAUUUCCUGCUGCACAAACUGCUCAACCACCUCGCCGAUUCCGGCAACACACCAGAUCAGUUCUCACCCCAAGACACCAUGGAAAACGUCGACAGCGACGAGGACCCGGCGAAAGUCAAGAAGAAGGCCCUGAAGCUGCACAGCGUGUUGAAGCGGGUUAGUGAGCUCUUGUGUCCAGUUGCGCUGGGUAGGGAGGAGAGUUUGGGUAGCGUGAAGGAGUUGGUUGUUUUAGCGCUCGAGGAGAGGUGGCUUAGGGUGGCGGAUGUCGCGGCGUGA